AUGCGCGCCCCCACGGUGCUCAUCGCCCUGCUAGGGUUUCUACCCCAGGUGCUGACGUCUGGUUCCUUCGAACUUAGGAUAAAAAGUUUUACGAACUCGUUGGGUAGGUUAAGUAGUGGGCAGUGCUGUGAUGGUUCCUCAAAUAGUGACGCGCCGUGUUUGGCGCCGUGCAGGACUAAAUUCAGAGUGUGCCUCAAAAUAUAUCAAGCUAACAUCGACACAACAUCACCGUGUACGUUCGGUGACAUCACUACUCCGGUACUCGGAGGAAACUCAUUGGACGUACCGAAUCUUAACGUGGAAGGAUUCACUAAUCCCAUCGUCUUUCCGUUCGACUUCACGUGGCCGGGUACCUUCUCGCUCAUAGUCGAAGCGUGGCACGAUACGAACGAGACGUCGAGAUCUGAUGAUUCUCUCAUUGCGCGAAUGACAAAGCAGAGCAUAGCUGAUGUUGGGGGGCCUUGGAUAGAAGAAGAACAGCGAUGGGGUGGUGUAGCAGGAGCCCAUUUGAAGCUAUCCUAUCGAGUUACAUGUGCUGCACACUACUACGGACCUGGGUGUGAAGUGCUCUGCAGGCCAAGAGACGACGCAUUCGGACACUAUACCUGUUCCCCUUCUGGAGAAAUCGUAUGCAAGACUGGAUGGACCGGAGACUACUGCUCGAAACCGAGAUGUCUGCCCGGUUGCGAUGCGGAGCACGGUCACUGCCUCAAGCCCGACGAAUGCAUUUGUCAUUCGGGCUGGGUGGGCGAGCUCUGCGACCAAUGCGAGCGACAUCCCGGAUGCGUACACGGUACCUGCUCGAGGCCGUGGGACUGCAUAUGUGAGGAAGGCUGGGGUGGCCUGUUCUGUAACCAAGAUCUUAAUUAUUGCACUAACCAUCGACCCUGUAGAAACGGCGGAACUUGCCACAACACGGGACAGGGAAGUUACACCUGCGUCUGCCCACCUGAGUACACUGGUCCCGACUGUGAGAAAUCGCUUCACUCUUGUUCUGUUCGACCUUGCCAAAACGGUGGCGCUUGCGUACCGGAUGAAGGUGGAGAAUUGUCAUGCGCCUGUCCGUCUGGAUACGAAGGUGCGCGCUGUGAAACGAGAAGACUGACUUGCGCCGACCAACCUUGUCGAAACGGUGGCACUUGUGAACCGCGACCCUCCGGCUACGUGUGCGUAUGUCCUCCGGGAUACGCUGGACCCGAUUGCGCCGUCGAAGCUGACCCAUGCGCUGCAAAUCCUUGCCGAAAUGGAGCGACAUGUGCGCGCGCCGGAGACGGAUUUCGAUGCAGCUGUAAACCCGGUUUUAGAGGAAAUAGAUGCGAAAUAGACAUCGACGACUGCGCGGGCAUCAUUUGUGAACAUGGAGGUACUUGCGUCGACCUGGUGAACGGACAGAGAUGUCAAUGUGCUCCAGGAUUCCUCGGUCCGAGGUGCGAGACUCGCGUGGACUUCUGUCUAGCGAAACCCUGUGCUAACGGCGGCGAAUGUCACGUACUGGAUAACGAUUACGAGUGUCGCUGUCGACCUGGUUUCGCGGGGAAGGAUUGUAGUAUCGACAUCGACGAGUGUGCGUCGUCCCCUUGCCGAAACGGAGGUACCUGUCGGGACCGGGUAGAUGGCUACCACUGCAACUGUCCGCUGGGCUGGGGAGGGAAAUCGUGUACUGUAUCGCUAGCGGACUUUGCGGCCGCGAAACCCGCGGGUGGCCAUCUCCGACGAGUAGGGGACGAGACCCCCGAAGAGGAAAAUUUAUCGGGACGACACGUGGCGUUGAUCGCCGCGCUAUCAGCAGCUGUCCCUGCGGCGGCACUGGCUGCGGCUAUCGCCGUCGCUUGUAUCAGGAGGAGGAGGAAACGCGCUCAGAACGCCGCCGACGCCGAAGCGAGGGCUCAGAACGCAGCGAACGCGGGCGGAGGCGGGCGCGUUAUCCGCAACACGUGGGGCAAGUGCGAGGGGCCCGUGCCCGAGUGCCAGAACGCGCACAACGCGGCGGCGGAGGAGUGCAAGCGGAAGACGCUGAACACGGAGAGCGCCGCGAGACUGCUGGCGGCGCUCGACCCCAGGCUGUCGCGGCUCUCCGCGGACUCGGCGUAUUGCGCUAAUAGCGAUACGUCGCUAGUGAAACGAGCGCUAGAAGGCGGAGGGGUGUACGUGCUAGACGACCACUGCCUGCCGCCCACGUUCGCGACGCAAGUGUAG